UGGCAAAUGAGCUCGAACCUAACCAACGUUCAACUGCUAACACCGAAACCGAAACCUAACCCAGGUGUGUCUGACACUGAUCCUUGUAAAGCUUCGUAACACGAACCGAGCCCCCUCGGCGUCACUCAGGCAUGGCACUUCAAAUAUCAGCUCUAUUUUCAUAUAUGAGAGCCUCACGGUGCACUACUCUGUCCCGUGUCCGUGCUGACUUCCAGGCAGCCGGUGUCAGGUUUAAACACGGUGUAACUCCUGGAAGCCCCCCAGGUCCUGCUCGCGGCCAUAUUAACGCUGCUCUCCGAGCUGAAAAGUUUUCCACAACACCGACAACAGCAGCAAUUUGGAGGUCCAGCCAGGUAAAGGCUUCCUCCUCACCCCGAGGGAAAGGAGGCUGGCUGGGGAAAGUAGCCCUCGGUGCCGUGCUGGGAGUAAGCACAUUUGCUCUGGUCCAGUCUCUCCACACCGGAACAGUCAACGCCAUGGCCCGCAAACUUAACCUGAACUCCGCUGAUGGAGACUGGAAGGAGACCAAGGACUGCUUGCUGUCUCUGUCUGUGACGGACAGGCGUGAGCACUACAGGACGUCUGACUUUGUGCCACUGCACGACAUCUCAGUGUGGACUCCCACUGCAGGCGGUUCUGAAAAAACAGUUUACCCGAGGAAUAAAAAGUUGGACAACAAGAUUUCCCUCUACAGUGGGGACAUCACCAAGCUGGAGAUAGAUGCGAUUGUUAAUGCAGCCAACAAGACUCUGCUCGGAGGAGGGGGAGUGGACGGGGCGAUCCACCGCGCUGCAGGGCCGAUGCUGAAACAGGAGUGUGCGUCUCUUCACGGCUGCGAGACCGGAGAGGCCAAGAUCACGUGUGGCUACGGCCUUCCAGCAAAGUAUGUGAUCCACACAGUGGGGCCGAUCGCUCAGGGAGGAGUGGGAGACGAGGAGAAGAAAGCGUUGAGGUUGUGCUACAAGAACAGCAUGAACGCAGCCGCCAAAAACAACGCACGCUCUGUGGCGUUCCCCUGCAUCUCCACAGGAGUCUAUGGAUAUCCACCUGAGCAGGCUGUGCACAAAGCGUUAGCAACUGUGAGGGAGUAUCUGGAUGAGCAUCACGACAAGCUGGACAGAGUCAUCUUCUGUGUGUUCUUGCCGACGGAUAAGGAGCUGUAUAUGAAGACCCUCCCGCUCUACUUCCCCGCUGAGGACACAGUCAAGAGUAAACUCUAAGAGAGUCGAUUCGGUUGCUGUGGAUACUCGCCGCUCAACAUCCAGAUUCUUCCUCCUCGAGGUCAUCGCAGAUCAAGACCUUUUUGGAUGAUUGCUUUUUUUUUUUUAAGUGCACGCUGGCUCUUCUGCAGAUGUUGAUUAGUUCCUUUGUUUUCCCCACUAAUGGUUACGAGAGGCAUCAUGAUGAAGGUUUGAAAUGACAUUCAUAAUUCUUGUGAAAAAUGGACCCUAUAGGUUGCACUCUAACUUGACCUUCAUUGUCUGUGAUAAUUGGCAGCUUGGCAUCAGCUAUGAGUUAUGUGUCCUGUGCUGUUUGAAUAGUGGCAUAACUGUGUGUGUGUGUGUGUGUGUAAGACAAUAGCAAAAGCUUAUUAAAAAUAAUCACACAGGC